AUGAGGUUAAGGCAAUAUUUUGAUGCUUUCAUAGCUUCUUUUGGUGGGUUUGCAAUUGGAGUGUCGAUAGCAUGGAAUUCAAGUGUCAGUUACCAAUUAAAUGACACAGGUGCGACUAUUCUCGAAAUAGGUUUUAUAGGAUUCAUCUUAAAUAUUGGAGCUUGCAUUGGAUCCAUAUUUGCUCCGUGUAUUCUGAAAAUAUUUGAUUUCACCAAUGCGAUAUUUCUAAUGUUUCCUGUUUUCUUUAUUGGAUGGUCGUUUAUUUCCUUCUCGCAGACAAAUGUAAUUUUUAUCAUGAUUGGUCGAUUAUUGUGCGGCAAUUGCUGUGGAAUAUUGUGUGUUCUCAUUCCCAUUUAUGUGGCAGAAAUAGCCAAGAAGGAAAUUCGUAAUCGUCUCAUGAUAUUCUUUCAUUUAUUAAUUAAUUGCGGCAUUAUGUAUGCUUUUCUAAUUGAUUAUCUACAAGAGGAGGAGAAAAUAAUUUGGCAGUAUAGUCUUCUUUGUGGUAUUUCCUGUGUUCCGAUUGCUUGCAUUAUUUUCUUACCAGAAAGCGCCUUUUAUUAUUUAACAAAAAACGAUGAAAUAAUGGCGAAACAAUCUCUUCAACGUUAUCAGAAUAAUUCCAAUGAUGAUGAUGAUUCUGAUGAUAACGAUAGUAAUGAUUUUAGCGAAGAACUCGAGGAACUUAAAAGUCUCGCUGCUAUUUUUCAAUCGAAGGUGUCGAGUUCGCUGUUGAAAAAUAGAAAAAUCUGGCGCUCAUUUUUCGCAAGUGUGGUUUUAGUUCUAACUCAUCAAUUCAGUCUAAUUAAUAUUAUAAUUUUCUACGCAUUUACGAUAUUUGAAUUGAAAUAUCCGAGCGGGGAUUUCGAUACAAGUGAAACAAUUCUUAUUAUCGGAAUUGUUCAAAUAGCUGGCAGUGUUUUGUCAAUAAUUUUGAUUGACUUGAUUGGCAGGAGAAAAUUGUUACUAUUUUCAUCGAUUUUUAUGGGAAUUUUUCUCGCUCUACUAGGUUGGUUUAUGAAAGUCGAGAAAGAAAAUACUGAAUUUAGUGAAAAGUAUUAUUGGAUACCGUUGACAUGCAUAAGUCUCUAUUUUGCAUCAUUUAAUUGUGGAAUUGGUCCAUUAGCAUGGUCUCAUCAUGCCGAUUCUUUCCCGGUGGAAAUUAAAUUAAUUGGUUCAAGUGUCGUUGUUUUUUUAAGCUGGGCAUUGUCAUUGAUAAUUAUUUUAAUUUUGUACAUGUUAAUUGUAUUUUAUGGCGAAGUCACAACUAUUUUUGUGUUUGCAACAUUCUCUUGGAUUGAUUCGAUACUAUUAUUUUUUCUCAUUCGUGAAACUAAGGGAAAAAGCCUUUCAGAUAUUCAAUUUGAAUUCGAUAUCACGGAGUAA